AUGAUCAAGGUCGCGGCGCCGGAGGUGCAGCAGCCGCAGGCCGUCGCCGCAGCCGAGGCGGUCUCGGCGGUGGUGCCGGAGGCGACCAUCUUCCGGUCCAAGCUUCCGGACAUCGACAUCCCCAGCCACCUGCCCCUGCACGAGUACUGCUUCGCCAGGGCGGCCGAGCUCCCGGACGCGCCGUGCCUCAUCGCCGCGGCCACGGGGAGGACCUACACGUUCGCGGAGACGCAUGCGCUCUGCCGCAAGGCCGCCGCGGCGCUGCACCGGCUCGGCGUCGGCCACGGGGACCGCGUCAUGAUCCUGCUCCAGAACUGCGUGGAGUUCGCCGUCGCCUUCUUCGGCGCGUCCUUCCUCGGCGCCGUCAGCACGGCGGCCAACCCGUUCUGCACCCCGCAGGAGAUCCACAAGCAGCUCGUCGCCUCCGGCGCCAAGAUGAUCGUCACCCAGUCCGCCUACGUCGACAAGCUCCGGCACGAGAGCUUCCCGAGAAUCAGCACAAGCGGCGGCGACGACACGCUCACCGUGAUCACCGUCGACGACGAGGCGGCCACCCCGGACGGAUGCCUGCCCUUCUGGGGGGUCGUCGGGUCCGCCGACGAGGGCUCGGUCCCGGAGGUGUCCAUCUCGCCGGACGACGCCGUGGCGCUGCCCUACUCGUCGGGCACGACGGGGCUGCCCAAGGGCGUGGUGCUGACGCACGGGGGCCUGGUGUCGAGCGUGGCGCAGCAGGUGGACGGCGAGAACCCGAACCUGUACAUGCGGGAGGGGGACGUGGCGCUCUGCGUGCUGCCGCUGUUCCACAUCUUCUCGCUCAACUCGGUGCUGCUGUGCGCGGUGCGCGCCGGCGCGGCCGUGAUGCUGAUGCCCAAGUUCGAGAUGGGCGCCAUGCUGGCGGGCAUCGAGCGGUGGCGCGUGACGGUGGCCGCCGUGGUGCCGCCGCUGGUGCUGGCGCUGGCCAAGAACCCCGUGGUGGAGCAGCACGACCUGAGCUCCAUCCGGAUCGUGCUCUCCGGCGCCGCACCGCUCGGCAAGGAGCUCCAGGACGCGCUCCGUGGCCGCCUCCCGCAGGCCAUCUUCGGACAGGGGUACGGGAUGACGGAGGCCGGGCCGGUGCUGUCCAUGUGCCCGGCGUUCGCGAGGGAGCCGACGCCGGCCAAGUCCGGGUCGUGCGGCACGGUGGUGCGCAACGCGGAGCUCAAGGUGGUCGACCCCGACACGGGCCUCUCCCUCGGCCGCAACCUCCCCGGCGAGAUCUGCAUCCGCGGCCCGCAGAUCAUGAAAGGCUACCUGAAUGACCCCGUGGCCACCGCCGCGACGAUCGACGUCGAGGGGUGGCUGCACACCGGCGACGUCGGCUACGUCGACGACGACGACGAGGUCUUCAUCGUCGACCGCGUCAAGGAGCUCAUCAAGUUCAAGGGCUUCCAGGUGCCGCCGGCCGAGCUGGAGGCUCUGCUCAUCGCGCAUCCCUCCAUCGCCGACGCCGCCGUCGUCCCGCAAAAGGAUGACGCCGCCGGCGAGGUCCCGGUCGCGUUCGUGGUGCGCGCCGCCGACUCCGACAUCGCCGAGGAGGCCAUCAAGGAGUUCGUAUCCAAGCAGGUGGUGUUUUACAAGAGGCUGCACAAGGUGUACUUCACCCAUGCGAUCCCCAAGUCAGCGUCAGGGAAGAUACUGAGGAAAGAGCUCAGAGCCAAGCUCGUCUCCCCCGUCACUGCCUGA